CCUCAAUACGUUCUUUAGUUACUUUGCCAAAGUCUCUCCCCACAUCAGCUUAAUUUCAACCAGUAGAACACGCAAAAAAGAUGCAAAUUUCAUUGCAAAUUCUCCUGGUCUUGGCCGUAGCCGCUUAUUGCGCUUCUGCGCAGUACCAAACGAGCGACCCGCAACCGUCUUUUGAUGCCAUUCAAGUCAAAGCUGACGAGCGUUUCAUCAAAACAGCCUCGUUGACAUUUGUAACAACGACAGUUACCGUGACAACGACCGCUGUAACAACAUGCACCACAUCCACCGGUGGACUAUCAGUUUGCACGGCUUCCGGACGCCGUCGUCGUGGUCUCCAUCUCAGCGGAAACAAGGAAGGCCGUGGAUUGUUCUACAACGAAAAUGACGAGAACAGCGAAGAUGGCAGCAUAUUCCUUCCCCUACCUGAAGCAACUGAAGAGAAAACCCCAACGUCUGAGGUUGUACGGCAAGUCAGGGAAGAGGCCGUCCCGAUUCCAUUUGUCGUUCAGCCAGGGUUCAAUGCUCCGGCCGGACAAGGUCGUGUAUUGCUGUAUUUCGGCACUUCGACCAGCACGACCACCUUCACCACAACCACCACUACUUCGUUGACGGCCAUCUGUCGGAGCACCACUGGAUACCAAUUGUGCGGAUCCACCGGCAAAUAAAUUAUAUCUAUCCGGAUCGUUUUCAGAGGGAUGAUUGGCUAAGAUUUAUUUGUUUGAUUAUUGUGGAGCUAUCCAAGAAUGAUGGUUCAGUGCGCUGGCGCUAUGUUUAGCUAAUUCAGAUUUAAUAUGCAUAAGUUUAACAUGUGUUAAAAGUUUGUAAUAAAAUUAUUUGAUCAC